AUGUCUCACCUCUGCACAUGGUUUGGUGCAGCCCAGCCCCACUUGCGUAGCUUCAGAGCCAAUUGUCGUUGUCCUUUUAUCAUUCACUUGCGAGCAACACAACAGAACUUUCGAUAUGACAUUGACGCCAUCAAUGAGCAGUCCGACAAGUUCGGAGACAUUCGAGUCAGAAGACGACUACAUUCGUAG